GAGGAAUCAGAGCGAGAGAAACCGUGUGGCUGCAGUCAGGAGGGACCACAAACACUGAGAGAGAGAGAGAGAGAGAGGAGGAAAUACAGAGAGACGAGAAGGUUUCCUCCCCUCCUCACCUCACUGACCCAUGAAAGAAGCCAUGCCGGUCCUCACAGCCGGAGCGGGGUUACAUGAGACGUUGGCCCUGCUGACCUCUCAGCUACGGCCUGAUGCCAAUCACAAAGAGGACAUGGUCUUCCUCAAAGACGUCUUCAGUGAGCGGAGUUUGGGAUAUCUCAUGAAGAUUCAUGAGAAGUUGAGACAGUAUGAAAGACAGAGUCCGACACCUGUCCUCCACAGUGCCUCUUCUCUGGCAGAGGAUGUGGCAGAAGAGCUGCAGAGUGGACCAAUGAGUACAGAGGAGAAAGAGCUGCUGCACCUGCUGACGUCACCACAUCUCAGGGCCGUCCUCUCGGUGCACGACACCGUGGCGCAGAAGAACUUUGAUCCCGUGCUGCCGCCGCUGCCGGAUGACUUUGAGGAUGAGCUGGAUGAAGAGUCGGUAAAGAUUGUCAGGCUUGUGAAGAACAAGGAGCCUCUGGGAGCCACCAUCAGACGGGAUGAAGCCACUGGGGUGGUGAUCGUGGCUCGAAUCAUGAGAGGAGGUGCAGCUGACCGAAGUGGUUUGGUCCAUGUAGGGGAUGAACUCAGGGAGGUCAAUGGAGUCUCUGUGAUCCAAAAGAGGCCUGAUGAGAUCAGUCAGCUGCUGUCCCAGUCCCAGGGCUCCAUCACUCUCAAGAUAAUCCCUGCCAUUAAAGAAGAGGAUCGACUGAAGGACAGCAAGGUGUACAUGAGAGCCUUGUUUGAAUACAUCCCGUUGGAAGACAAGGCGACGCCUUGCCAAGAGGCGGGACUUCCCUUCAAGCGGGGAGACAUCCUGCAGGUCGUGACCCAAGACGACCACACGUGGUGGCAGGCCAAGCGCGUGGGAGACAGCAACCUGCGGGCUGGACUCAUCCCAUCCAAACUGUUCCAGGAGAGGCGACUGGCCUACAGGAUGAAAAUGGGCACUCUUCCGAAUCCAAAAUCCCCUAAAAAUCCCAUCUAUGACCAAGGAUGUGAUAAAGAGGACUGUGACUGUGAGGGCUAUUUCAAUGGACAGUACAUAGCUGGUCUACGGAGGAGUUUCCGGCUGAGUCGCAAAGACAGGCAAGGAUCCUCCGGAGAGGGUUCUGACCUCGGGGACUCCGACUACCUGACUUAUGAAGAGGUCACCCGUUACCAGCAGAGGUCCAAUGAAAGGCCCCGGCUGGUAGUUCUGAUCGGAUCUCUUGGAGCACGAAUCAAUGAACUCAAACAGCGGGUCAUCGCUGACAACGCAAAUCGUUUUGCAGUGGCCGUACCACAUACUACCAGGCCCAAGAAGCCUCACGAGAAGGAGGGUGUGGAGUACCACUUUGUUACAAAACAGCAAUUUGAUGCAGAUGCUCUAAACAACAAGUUCAUAGAGCACGGGGAAUACAAGGAAAACCAGUAUGGCACAAGUAUAGAGGCUAUCCGCUCUGUACAGGCCAAGAAUAAGAUGUGUGUAGUGGACGUGCAGCCCGAGGCCCUGAAGAGGCUGCGGACAGCAGAGUUCAAGCCAUAUGUGAUAUUUGUCAAACCUCGCGUUCCUGAGAGCAGACGACGUCGCAGCGCUGCGACGUCUCCAGGAGGGGCGGAGCACGGCCGCGUUACAGACGAAGACCUCCAAGAGAUGCGUCAGUCUGCGUCUCAGAUUGAUCAGCAGUAUGGACACCUGGUGGACCGGGUCCUGAUCAAGGAGGACUCAGCCAGUGCCUGUGCAGAACUUCGAAGUAUCUUGGAAAGGCUGGAGCGAGAAUCAUUCUGGGUUCCUCUCAGCUGGGUGCGGAACUAA